AUGGGGGACAUGCAGGACCAUGAGGAAGUACUGGAGAUUCCAGCUCAUGACAGCGAAGAAGAACUUGAGCACAUAAUAGAACAGAUAGCAUAUACAGACCUAGACAUUCCUGUGACCGAGAUGCAGGAGCCAGAAGCUCUUCCCACAGGGCAAGAAGCCACAGACUACGUCCCCACCAGUACCUCCACAUCGCACCCCAGCUCCGGUCAGGUCUACGUGGAGCUGCAGGAACUGAUGAUGGACGGGAGGAACCAGGAACUACAGUGGGUAGAGGCAGCACACUGGAUAGGACUGGAGGAAAACCUUCAAGAGGAUGGUGUGUGGGGUCGGCCACAUCUAUCUUACCUGACCUUCUGGAGCCUUCUAGAACUACAGAAGAUCUUCUCAAAAGGCACCUUCCUUCUGGAUCUGGAAGAGACAUCCCUGGCUGGGGUGGCCAAUAAGCUUCUAGACAGCUUCAUCUAUGAAGAUCAGAUUCGGCCUCAGGACCGAGACGAGCUGCUCCGGGCCUUGCUACUCAAACACAGCCGUGCUGAGGACCUAAAGGAUCUGGAGGGAGUGAAGCCUGCCAUCCUGACCCGCUCUGGGGGCCCUUCUGAACCUCUGCUUCCGCAGCAGCCGUCGCUGGAGACCCAGCUGUACUGUGGACAGGCAGAGGGAGGCUCACAAGGAACCUCAGCAUCUGGGACUCUGAAGAUACCCCCGAAUUCAGAAACCACACUGGUGCUAGUGGGCCGGGCUAAUUUUCUGGAGAAGCCUGUGCUGGGCUUCGUGAGACUGAAGGAGGCUGUGCCGCUGGAGGACCUGGCGUUGCCAGAGCCUGUGAGCUUCCUUCUUGUUCUGCUGGGACCCGAGGCUCCACAUGUCGACUACACCCAGCUGGGCAGGGCUGCAGCAACUCUCAUGACAGAAAGAGUGUUCCGCAUUACCGCCUCCCUGGCGCAUAGCCGAGGGGAGCUGGUGAGCUCCCUGGAGAGCUUUUUGGACUGUAGCCUGGUGCUGCCGCCCACAGACGCCCCUUCAGAGCAAGCUCUGCUCAACCUGGUGCCCGUGCAGAAGGAGCUGCUUAGGAGGCGGUACCUGCCCAGCCCCACCAAGCCAGAUCCCAACUUGUACAAGGCUCUAGACUUGAACGGGGGAAAGGGGGGCCCUGGUGACGAAGACGACCCUCUACGGCGCACAGGCCGGAUCUUUGGAGGCCUGGUCCGUGAUAUCCGGCGCCGCUAUCCUUAUUACCUGAGUGACAUCACCGAUGCGCUCAGUCCCCAGGUGCUGGCUGCUGUCAUCUUCAUCUACUUUGCUGCCUUGUCACCUGCAGUCACCUUCGGUGGCCUCCUGGGAGAAAAGACCCGGAAUCUGAUGGGGGUGUCAGAGCUGCUCAUCUCCACAGCAGUGCAAGGCAUUCUCUUUGCACUCCUGGGGGCGCAACCCCUGCUUGUGCUCGGCUUCUCAGGACCCCUGCUGGUGUUUGAAGAAGCCUUCUUCUCGUUCUGUGAAAGCAAUAGGCUGGAGUAUAUCGUGGGGCGCGCGUGGAUUGGCUUCUGGCUCAUCCUGCUGGUAGUAUUGGUGGUGGCCUUUGAAGGCAGCUUCCUGGUCCAAUACAUCUCCCGCUACACACAAGAGAUCUUCUCCUUCCUCAUCUCCCUCAUUUUCAUCUAUGAGACUUUCUCCAAACUGAUCAAGAUUUUCCAGGACUACCCACUACAACAGAGGUAUGACCCUGUUGUGAUGAAGCCCAAACCUCAGGGCCCCGUGCCCAACACGGCUCUCUUCUCCCUUGUGCUCAUGGCUGGUACCUUCCUACUUGCCAUGACGCUACGAAAGUUCAAGAACAGCACCUACUUUCCCGGCAAGCUGCGUAGAGUCAUCGGUGACUUUGGGGUCCCCAUCUCCAUCCUGAUAAUGGUCCUGGUAGAUUCCUUCGUCCAGGGCACCUACACACAGAAACUCUCAGUGCCUGACGGCCUCAAAGUGUCCAACUCCUCCGCCCGGGGCUGGGUCAUCCACCCCAUGGGUCUUUAUGACACGUUCCCCAUGUGGAUGAUGUUUGCUUCUGUUCUGCCUGCCCUGCUUGUCUUCAUCCUCAUAUUCCUUGAGUCUCAGAUCACCACGCUGAUUGUCAGUAAACCAGAGCGGAAGAUGAUCAAGGGCUCCGGCUUCCAUCUGGACUUGCUUCUGGUCGUUGGCAUGGGUGGGGUGGCUGCCCUCUUUGGGAUGCCUUGGCUCAGUGCCACGACUGUGCGUUCUGUUACCCACGCCAAUGCCCUCACAGUCAUGGGGAAGGCCAGUGGUCCAGGGGCUGCAGCCCAGAUCCAAGAGGUCAAGGAACAGCGGAUCAGCGGGCUCCUGGUCUCUGUGCUCGUGGGACUGUCCAUCCUCAUGGAACCUAUCCUGUCCCGCAUUCCCCUGGCUGUGCUGUUCGGCAUCUUCCUGUACAUGGGAGUCACAUCCCUCAGUGGCAUCCAGCUCUUCGAUCGCAUCUUGCUCAUGUUCAAGCCUCCCAAGUACCACCCGGAUGUGCCCUUUGUCAAGAGGGUGAAGACCUGGCGUAUGCACCUCUUCACGGGCAUCCAGAUCAUCUGCCUGGCGGUGCUGUGGGUGGUGAAGUCCACUCCCGCCUCGCUGGCCCUGCCCUUCGUCCUCAUCCUCACCGUGCCUCUGCGCCGUCUCCUUCUGCCGCUCAUCUUCAGAGAACUGGAACUCCAGUGUCUGGAUGGUGAUGAUGCCAAAGUGACCUUUGACGAGGAGGAAGGGCUGGAUGAGUAUGACGAAGUGCCCAUGCCUGUGUGA